AUGGCGACGUCACCGGAAGCGGCGGACGCGGCGGCGACGGAGUCGGAGGUUUCGGCGCUGCUGGCGCGCGUGCCCGCGGACCUCGACGGCGCGGCGCCGCUGGCGGCGCUGAGCGCGCUGCUGGCGGCGCCCUGCGGCAAGUCGCACGCCGCGCGUUCGAAGCGCGAGGCCAACGUCGCCGUCGAGCUGAGGCACGUGCGGGCCCUCGCCGAGCGCUGGCGCGAGUUCCUGCUGCCGGCGCUCGCGGUCGCGCGCGACGAGGCCGCGCGCCUCGACGGGUCGGGCGGCGCCGCGGCGCUCCUCGACGGCGAGCUCGGCGCGCUGCUCGACGCCGAGUCGCAGCAGCUCGUCGGCGUCGAGUCGGCGGACGGCCGGCCGCGCGCGGCGUCGGACCACCGGUCGAAGAAGAAGCGGCGGCGCGACGGCCCCGUCGCCGCGGACGGGCUGCCGCGGCGCAAGUUCCGCGUGCGGCUCCGGCUCGUCGGCGCCAACGUGCGGCCCAACAGCCACGCGUCGGCGCUCUACGCGCUCCUGAAGCUCGACUCGCCGACGGUGCUCGCGCGCGACGCGGCCGCGGCCGAGGCCGCGCGGCUCGGCGACCGGCCCGAGGCCUGGGACGAGGAGGCGCUCCUGAGCUCCGAGUACCCGCCCGUGGACUCGACCCGGGGCGGCUCGACGACGCUCCUCUGGAAGUGGAUCGACCGCCAGCCCGAGUUCGACGACUCCGUCCUCGACGACCGCCUCUUCGGCCGCCUCGAGCGCGCGGUCAGGGGCGACUUCCGGCCCGACGACGAGGCGGCGCGGGAACCCUUCGAGGACCCGGCGGCCACGGUGCUGGCCUGGUGUUUAGGGGACGGCGCGCUCGCGGACGCGCUCGAGGCGCUCCCGCCGGACGGCGACGGCGACGCGCUCGACGUCUUCGGCGAGCCGGCGACCUACGCGGCCACGGACGAGGAGGCCGCGGAGCGGUCCAAGGCCUGGCACGCGGAGCACCCGCGGCCGGGCUCCGCGAAGCCCGGGACCGCGGCGGCGCUGCGGAACGUCAAGAAGCCGCGGCGGCACGAGGAGGACCUGCGCGCGCGCGUCGCCGGGGCGCUCUCCGACGCGGCGCUGGCGCCGCCCCUGCCCGAGGGCGCCGAAAUGGCCAACGAGCACCUCGCGGCCGCGCUCGGCGACGCGGGCCUCCUCGACGAGCGCGCGGUGGCCGUCGAGCGCGACCGCGCCGCGGGACGGCCGACGCCGCCGGCCGCCGACGACGUGCGGGCCCAGGAGGCGCGGAAGCUCGCGCUCCGGCUGCGCCGCGUCGACCGCGAGAACGCGCGGCACGCGUGCGUCAUGGGCGUCGCCGUCGCCAAGGCCCUCCGCGCGUCGCCCGGCGCCUCUCGCGUUUUUUUUGGGCGACCGUUCUCCGGCGCCAUGAACGACGACCAGUCCGACAUCCGGCGGUCCGUGUCGAUGAGCCACGGCCUGCUCAUGGCGUCGAGCCCCGAGCAGGUGGGCCGCAAGCGGUCGCGGCGGGAGCAGACCGGGCGGCCCGGCCACCGCCGCAUCCAUUCCGAGCCCGUGCACGUCGCCGCCCCGACGGACGACGUGGACCUCUUCCCCAUGUGGUCGCUGGCCGACGACCCCAUCAUGGCGCUCGACGUGGAGCCGUCGACGCCCGAGUGGGCGCGCGUCAUGGAGCACUGCGCGACGUCGUUCGGCGGCGGCGGCGGCGACUCGCCGGGCCUGGGCCUCGGGCGGAAGAAGGGCAACUUCGGGGACCUGCCCGGGGCCUUCUACGGCGACGACGACGAGGACCUGGGCGCGACGCGGCGCAACGCGAGCCACAGCCUCGACGCGGCGACGUCGUCGAUCGACCCGAACUCGUCGCUCGACCUGCCCAACUCGUCCUACGGCGAGGACGACAGCCUCUGCGACGGCCUGUCGCCCAUGACGACGGAGGCCUUCCGCAAGGCCAUCCUGCCGGCCAUCGCCAAGGACGACAGGGCCGCGGCGGCGAAGCCGCCGCGCGCGGCGGCGCCGCGGAAGGCGCCGGCGGGCAAGGGCGGCAAGGGCAAGGGCGGCAAGGGCGACGACGCCAAGGGCGACGGCGACAAGGACCGGGGCCGCUACAAGUGCGGCCGCUGCGGCCAGGUCAAGGUGAACCACGUCUGCCCCUUUGGCACCGCGACGAACCGGAACGUCGACGCGCAGUGCGAGGACCCGGAGCGGCCGAUCCGCGUCGGCGACAAGGACGGCGUCGUCGUCGUCUCCGCGGGCCUCGCGUCCCUGGACGUGGCGCCGGCGGCCGGCGACGCCAUGGACGUCGCCGACGAGGCGCCGCCGUCCGGCGACGAGCCCGUAUUCGAGGAGCGCGUGCUCUACGCGCGGCCCUACGUGUCCGCGGUCGAGGAGGCGGAGGCCGGCGGCUCGAGCCGCAAGACGCACCGGCGCACGGCGUCGGCGGCGUCGACGGCGUCGUCGAGCGGCGCCAUGGACGUCGACGGCGACGCGCCGGGCCCGCCCGCGGCCGCGCGGCGCGCGGCGUCCGCGCCCGGCGGCGGCGCGCCGCCGCGCGCGCCCGGCGGCAAGGGCCCCCGGGGCCCCGGCGCGGCGAAGGUCGCCAAGGCCGACCUGCCCGGCCGCGGCCCCAUCCCCGCGCCGCCCGACGGCGCCAGCGCCGCGGGCCCGUCGGAGGCGCCGACGCCGACCGCGACGCCCAAGGCGGCCGCGCCGACGCCCCAGCAGGUCGCGCAGCAGCAGCAGCAGCAGCGCUUCCUCGCGCAGCAGCAGCAGGCCGCCCUCGCCCGCGCGCUCGCCCAGAGCCCGGGUAUGGUCCGCGUCAACGGCGGCCACGUGCACCCGGCGAUGCUCGCGGCGAUGAUGGCGCAGCAGCACGGCGCGCACGGCGCGGCCGCGCGGCUCCACCACGAGCAGCAGCAGCGCCUGCGCGCCGCGCACCAGGCGAGCCCGACGAAGCUCCCGCCGGGCGCGGCCUUCGACCCGCGGCGCGGCUACGCGGGCCCCCAGCUCACGAACCUCACGCCGCAGCAGCUCCAGGAGAUCGCGUCCAUGAGCCAGCUCGUCCUCCACACGCAGCAGGGCGCGCCGCCGCGGCCGGGCGCGCCGCCCGCGCCGCCGCCCUCGGCCAAGAGCGAGCCGCCCUAG